AUGGCUAGCUCUCUGGCGGCGCUAAAGAGCUUACCUUGCCCGGCUGGAGAUAAUUGUAACGCUUUCCAGUGUCUUUUCAAACAUAAUAAAGAUGUCAACAUAAAUACCACUGCCGAAAGCUCGGAGCAGCCGCUCAUCAAUCCAACAACUACCGCUAUACCAUCUUCGGAUCAAGGCUCGCCGAGGAAGAGAAUUAAACUGGAUUCAAAAUUGUCCUCAUCGUCGCCUCUGGAAACAACAGGACAGCCACCUGCAGUCAGGGAAACCAACCAGACCGAUACUAGAGCCAGUAGCUAUACUUCUAAAACUCAAGUAUCCAGGAGUUCCCCAGGUUCUGCCCAGGCACGCAACACCUUAGCGUCUUCCUCCACUGGACAACCAUCCAAGUCAAUACCUAAAGCAGCACCUAAAGCAGCACCUAAAACGGCACCCAAAGCGGAACCUAAGAAGCCAGAGGCACUAAACCCUCGUCUCCUUAAGUCGUCACCAGCUAAGCACGAUACUCGCUUGAAACUGGUUAAAGCUCUACAUGAACAAUACGUCCGCUUGAACAACGAGUUGAAGAAGGAUACCGAUAAAGGCGCAUCGAAGCUGGUUCUUUCCGAUCAAGAGCUUAUUGUAAAGACACUGGAUGACGAACAGGAGGUAGCGAUUAAGCUGUUCCAGAUAUAUGCAAAUGCCAUCAGGAACAAGAUUAUGGCAUAUAAGCGAAUGAAUAUUGCCCAAUGGAAGGAAGAACGGAUCCUGGCCACUAAAGAUGACAAGGCGGAUAAUGAAGGGGAUCCGCCAGCUGCACCUGAACCUAUCGUUACUGGCUUAACGCCGCCCCAAGAAGUCGAUUUCUUGCACAGACUUGUCUGGCCACUCAACGGUCUUGAGAAGUAUGGCUACGUAGCUUCCAUCCCGUCAGUCGAAGACAUCGAAAAAGCCAAAGAAAGCGUUGAAGCUUCUGGUAAUGUAGAAGUUUGCGAUAGAUGUACACGACGGUUCCAGGUCUUUCCCGGCCGUAGGGGAGAGGAUGGGGCUCUAACAUCUAAUGGUUCCUGCACAUAUCACCCGGGCAAGGUUUACUUCACAGAACGGGGGCCCGGAAAACUAUCAAAGUCCCAAAAGAAAUACCGUUGCUGUCAUCAGAAUGUGGAUGAUGACUCGGGUGGGUGUACCACAGCACCUACUCACGUCUUCAAGACAACGGAUCCCAACCGGCUUGCGAGCCUGCUUAAUUUCGCCGAGACGCCUCCUAAUCCGAAUAUCCCCACGGAUCGAGCUAUAUGCUUCGAUUGCGAGAUGGGUUAUACCGUUUAUGGCCUCGAACUUAUCAGACUAACGGCAUUAUCUUGGCCUAAUUACGAACUACUGCUAGAUAUCCUCGUUCAGCCCUUUGGGGAAGUUUUGGAUUUGAAUACUCGUUAUUCUGGCGUAACCCCCGAAGACAUGGUCUCUGCUGAACGGUGGUCUCCGGGAGACGACUGCAAACCUGUUAAUGUUUCCCCUACCGAUUCUACAAAGCGUCCCGAGAAGCCAAAGCUCAAGCUUGUGCCAUCUCCAAAAGUAGCUAGGGAUCUCCUAUUCUCGCUGAUUUCUCCCGAGACCCCACUCGUUGGACAUGGUCUUGAGAACGAUUUGAAUGCUGCCCGAAUUAUUCACCACGCCUGCAUCGACUCGGUUCUUCUAUUCCCACAUAGACGAGGGCUGCCGCACAGAAAUGGUCUUCGAAUGUUGAUGGAAACUCUGUUAAACCAGAAGAUCCAGAAGGAAGCAGACGAGACUGCGCCAGAGGGACACGACAGUGCAGAGGAUGCCCGAGCUGCGGGGGAACUGGUUAGACUGAAGGUGCGGGACGAAUGGAAGGAUCUUAGGAUGAAGGGUUGGUCUCUUGAAGAUGGAAAGAUUGUAGCACCGGAUGAAGCAUGGACGGUGGCGGGAGCAAAGAAGUGA